UCCACCCCCCUCACCCAACUCCCUCCUCCGCCCUAUUAAAACACCCACCGGCUCACUUGUUAAGACCCCCUGAAGUUGGAGCAGGCAGAAAGGCAACGCAGCGAGGACCGAGAAGUCGCGACGUCUGGAAAGAAUUACCCGCGGCUGGCUCCUGGCAGCCCAGUGAACCAGGGACUCGAACCAGCCCAGCCAAAGACUUUCCCCAAUUCUGCGCGUCCUGGCUUCUGCUGAACGGUCACCCCGCUUUUUGUGACACGAGAAAAAGGAGAGAGCGCGCGCCAUCCGGGGAGGGGGACCGGAACAAAAAUAUAUAUGCAUCUAUUGUAAUAUUAAUAAAGCUAAUUUAUUUUGAAAGCACAGACAAAAUUUUCUUUUAAGAAUCAGAAGACAGAAGUCCACGGAAGAUUAAAAAGAGCAGUCCCCUUGCCUCUGAAGAGGGCGAGAAGCAAGCAUUGAAGACUCCCCCGUCCUUUUUUAAAUGUUGUUUUUAAAUUUUUUAUUUUUUUUGGCCGGUCGUCUCAAAUUCAUCUGAUCUCUUAUUACCUCAAGUUUGGAAACUGCCCGCCACCGACCCUCCGGGACCACACAGACAGGCCGAGGACAACUUUAUGAGCAAGAGCCGGACAAGAUGCAUUGUGAGAGAUUUCUAUGCAUCCUGAGAAUAAUUGGAACCACACUUUUUGGAGUCUCUCUUCUCCUUGGAAUCACAGCUGCUUAUAUUGUUGGCUACCAAUUUAUCCAAACAGAUAAUUACUAUUUCUCUUUUGGACUGUAUGGUGCCUUUUUAGCAUCACAUCUCAUCAUCCAAAGCCUGUUUGCCUUUCUGGAGCACCGGAAAAUGAAAAAAUCCUUAGAAACCCCCAUUAAGUUGAAUAAAACAGUUGCUCUUUGUAUCGCUGCAUAUCAAGAGGAUCCAGACUACUUAAGAAAAUGCUUGCAAUCUGUGAAGAGACUAAGCUACCCUGGAAUUAAGGUGGUCAUGGUCAUAGACGGGAACUCAGAAGAUGACCUUUACAUGAUGGACAUCUUCAGUGAAGUGAUGGGCAGGGACAAAUCAGCCACUUACAUCUGGAAGAACAACUUCCACGAAAAGGGGCCUGGCGAGACAGACGAGUCACAUAAAGAAAGCUCACAGCAUGUCACCCAAUUGGUCUUGUCCAACAAAAGUAUUUGCAUCAUGCAAAAAUGGGGUGGAAAAAGAGAAGUCAUGUACACGGCCUUCAGAGCCCUGGGACGAAGUGUGGAUUAUGUACAGGUUUGUGAUUCUGAUACCAUGCUUGAUCCUGCCUCAUCUGUGGAGAUGGUAAAAGUUUUAGAAGAAGACCCCAUGGUUGGAGGUGUCGGGGGAGAUGUCCAGAUUUUAAACAAAUAUGACUCCUGGAUCUCCUUCCUCAGCAGUGUGAGAUACUGGAUGGCGUUUAACAUAGAAAGGGCCUGCCAGUCUUAUUUUGGGUGUGUCCAGUGUAUUAGUGGACCUCUGGGAAUGUACAGAAACUCUUUGCUGCAUGAAUUUGUGGAAGACUGGUACAAUCAGGAAUUUAUGGGCAGCCAGUGUAGUUUUGGCGAUGAUCGGCAUCUCACAAACCGGGUGCUCAGUCUGGGCUAUGCAACAAAAUACACAGCUCGCUCCAAGUGCCUCACAGAGACCCCUAUAGAAUAUCUCAGAUGGUUAAACCAGCAGACUCGUUGGAGCAAGUCCUACUUCCGAGAGUGGCUGUACAAUGCAAUGUGGUUUCAUAAACACCAUUUGUGGAUGACCUACGAAGCCGUUAUCACUGGAUUCUUCCCUUUCUUUCUCAUUGCCACCGUCAUUCAACUCUUCUACAGGGGUAAGAUUUGGAACAUCCUCCUCUUCCUGUUGACUGUGCAGUUAGUAGGUCUCAUAAAAUCAUCUUUUGCCAGCUGCCUAAGAGGGAAUAUCGUUAUGGUCUUUAUGUCCCUCUACUCGGUGUUAUAUAUGUCAAGUUUACUUCCAGCCAAGAUGUUUGCAAUUGCCACAAUCAACAAAGCUGGGUGGGGCACAUCUGGAAGGAAAACCAUUGUAGUUAAUUUCAUAGGACUCAUUCCUGUGUCGGUUUGGUUUACAAUCCUCCUGGGAGGUGUGAUUUUCACCAUUUACAAGGAAUCUAAAAAGCCAUUUUCAGAAUCCAAACAGACAGUGCUGAUCGUCGGAACAUUGCUCUAUGCAUGCUAUUGGGUCAUGCUCUUGACGCUGUAUAUGGUUCUCAUCAACAAAUGUGGCAGGCGGAAGAAGGGACAACAGUAUGACAUGGUGCUUGAUGUAUGAUCUUACGUUGUUGGACGAUUGCAGUCACACAUGCAGACACACACAAAACCUUAGUUCCUCUAGGGACUGUACAAUGUUGUGGCAUCACAGGCCACCAAAGGAGACAUAUCAGUGCUGCUGGGACUUGAACAAAGACAUUUCUAUGGGUUUAUUUUGAUUCUGCCAAAGUAAAAUGAUACAUCAACAAGAAGAAACUCAGAUUUAACCUGUUAUUUCUAUGAAAAUGGGAAGAAUUCUUUGUUUAUGCACUUUUUCCUUACUGUACAUCCGCCUAACAGUGUUUUGCCCUAUAUACCUCACUAGUCAUGCUUUAUGUGGGUUAUCAUGGAAGAAAAGGAUUUCGGAAACUCAAGGAAAAGUUCGUUCAACGUAUACAACCUAACUUAUGGACUGUGUUGAUAGCUAAUUUUUUUUUUUUUAGAAAGGAUUUUCUGUUUAACUCUACCAAAUGAAAUGCCAAAGGAAAUUUUAAAGACCGUUGGCUGUGCUGUAUUUUUAUAUAAUUGUACUGUGUUUUAAAAUUUUGUAUGCCAAUUUUUAAAACAGAUUUUGCAUAUUUUAUAUUUUACUUCUCUGCCAAAAUACACCUGUUCUUCCCUUUUUUAAAAAAAUAAAAUAGGUUCUGAAAAAAAUUCCUACUUAAAGAAACCUACCCAAAAUGUGAAGCUUGGUUGACUGAUGUUGUUCAUGAUAGAAAGAAUAAAAUGUUGCUCUCUCUCUCGACCUUUUAAAAUUGAAUAGAUUAUUUCUGUGAAAAAGCAUUUCAACUUUCAAUAUUUUCACUUUUUUCCCAUUUCUUUUAGAAAAGGCCCAUAUGCCUGUCAAGAAAGUCAUUGAAAAUCAAGGCCAAAGGGGUAGAAAAGUGCAAUUUUUUUUCAUAAAAUUAAAAAAAGGAAUGCUAACCCUGGUAAGAAAACCCUAGGCAUCCAGCACUGGACAAAACAUGAGCAUCACAGAUAAAUUCAUCUUUGAAGAUUCUGGCACUGUUUUCCCAGGCUAAGUAAAGUGGAAAGUGGAAAAAAAUCAUCUUGUGUAAUUCUGGCAAAUACAAUGCAGUUCAUUUUGUUCUGUGCCUGAAUUCUCCAGAUUCCGGUUUUUUUUUUUUUUUUUUUUUGUAGCUUACAUAGUAGUAUGAGGUUUAUAGAGAUGAUUAGAUAAAUUACAAUCAAUAUAAAUCAUAUAACUCAAAAUUGACAAAUUCAAACUUUCUAGAAUGCAAUGUUCCUGAAUUAUACAGAUGCUUGCCACACCUCUCCCAUUCUUGGCCUCCAUAAAUAUGUUUACAUAGUAGAAAUGAUAUCAAGGUUUAAUAAACAUGUCAAGAUUUGGCAUAUAAAAACUUGAAGCAGGUACUCUAAGCCAGCUAUUUUAGCUACUCCAGGGCUUUGACUAUCUAGAUUGACUUUUGACAGACCCAUCUGGCCUUGUAGCUGGUGCUGUGUAGACCUGUGUCAAAAAGACAACCGAAUGAACACAUGAACAGUUGUAUAGAAAGUAUAGUGAGGCAGCAGCUGUGUGGGGAAGUGUCCUGCUUUUCCGCUUCCUUCACAUCUAUGUUCCAUCCACCCUGGCUAAGAAAAAGCUUCACAUUCUGCCUUUGGAGUACAAAGUGGUACAUUACAUUCUGCAAUCAGACUCACAGAUUGGAGGGCCCAUAGGAAACUGACACACCCUGCCGAUAAAUGGGAUAAAAACUUGAGUUUUCCUUUGUGACUAUUUAUGUUCUAAGUUAAGCUUUGAUAACAUUCAAGUGUCAAAUUCUCUCAUUCUUAUAAAAGAUUGAAUUAAUUGCCUGUAUUUAUUUUAGCAAUUAUUCAAUGUAUUUCCAGUAUAGGAUGUAUAGUAUAAUUGAUUUCUUUGUAAAUAAAAUAUUUUUGAUAAGAUUAUUGCCUUUUUUUCUAAGGGAAAGGGGAAUUUAAAAUGGCAAAACAUCAUUUUCCUGAUUGUAAUGGUAUGGCUUUAAGAAUGGAGUAACUAGAAAAAUAAACAAGCAUGGUUGAUUAGAAGUCACUUAAUGAUGCAAAUCAUAAGUAGAAGUUCCCAAAACUAGUGUAGUUUGAAAAUCUGGAAAACAGAGACACACAGAGAGAGAGAGAGAGAGAGAGAGAGAGAGAGAGCGCCAAUAUAAUUCUCAUCUCUAAUCUUCUAAUUUCCUUGAAAGUAACACAACUUAGAGAAAAGCUAUUACGAGAAUUUUUCACAGUAAGAAAAAACAGAUUUUCUGCAAGUUUGGUACUUACAAAUAAUAAAACCUUGACAAUAGCAUAAUGUAAUGAGGACAGUAAUUAAAUGAAAACUAUGGCAUCUCCAAACAAUGGAAUACAUUAGCCAUUGAGCAGAAUGUUCUCAGAGAAUACGAAGAUGUUGGGGAAAUGUUACAUUAGAAAGAUAUAUAACCAUUUUGUACAGGUAACAUCCCAAUUUUGUAAAACAAAAAUGUUUAAACAUUACCUCUAUUACUGAGAAUAUAACCAAUUUAUAUUCUGUAUACAUUUUUGUAUUUUCCAAAUUAUAAUCAUGUAUUGCUUUUAUAAUCAGA